AUGGCCAACAUAAUCCACUUCACCAACUGCACAUUGGCAGACAAUGCCCAACUAAUUGAAAAAGAUUUAUACAUCGAUGCCGCCUCGGGGAUCAUCAUCGACAAACCAACAGGUGCAAGCCCCAAGAAAAUAGAGACCAUAGACCUCCAAGGCUUGAUCAUUUCUCCUGGAUUCAUCGACAUCCAGAUCAACGGAUGUUUCGGUUUGGACUACUCAACCACCCUCAGUAAUGACUCAUCAAAAGCACAAUUCGUUCAGCAAUAUAACAAGUCCAUGGAAAAAUUGCUCCAGCACGGGGUCACCAGUAUUUGUCCAACCGUUACUUCCAGCUUUUCUGAUGUCUACAGAGAUGUGUUGCUAAUAUUGGGAUUGAAGACCCGGUCUGCAUCCAAGGCGGAUUCUUUGGGGGCCCAUAUUGAAGGGCCAUUUAUUUCUCCAUUGAAGAAAGGGUGUCAUCCUCCAGAAACAAUCACCACAAUGAAAGAAGGCUACCAGUCCUUAAAACAGAGAUACGGUGAUGAUUUUGAAAAAUACACUGCAAUCCUCACUGCUGCCCCGGAGAUCGAAGGGAGCUUGGACGUGAUAUCUCAAGUCACCAAAGAAAAAGAGAUAGUUUUUUCCAUUGGUCACACCAUGGCCGAUUUCAAUACCGCAGUGCAAGCAGUCAAAAACGGUGCAUCAAUGAUGACCCAUCUUUACAACGCUAUGCCUGCUUACAGUGCCAGAAACCCUGGGGUUGUGGGGUUGAUUUCCGCCACCAUUGACCAAUUACCAGCUGAAAAAAUCCCGUACUAUGGUAUAGUAUCUGAUGGUGUUCAUGUCCACCCAAGUGCUGUGAAAGCCGCAUAUGAUGCCAACCCUAACAAAGCAAUUCUCGUCACUGAUGCAAUGUACUUGAUUGGGUUGGAAGAUGGGUUGCACACCAGAGGUAAUCAGAAGAUAGAGAAAAAGGGGAAUUUAUUGUUAUUGGAAAAUACAGAGACCAUCGCCGGCUCAGCCACUCACUUAUUGGAGUGUGCCCAUAACCUCAUAAAAUGGACGGGGAUUCCUCUUGAGAAGGCUUUGGCUACCAUCACCAAUAAUCCAUCCAGCUCUUUAAACCUUUCUAAAAGAAAAGGGUUUUUGAAUCCAGGGUGUGAUGCUGAUAUCAAUAUAUUGACCAAGUCGGGUGAAUUGAAGGCAGUCUACAAGCUUGGUCAAAAGAUCCACAGCUUUUGA